UUUGAGGGAAGAUUUUUGGUUAAUUCCUCAAUGGAGGGCAGAGAUUUGGAGACGUCCGAGGGGAUUGAGGAGUUGGGGAAGAAGGUAGCCAUUGAAGCUCCAAAUGGAGCUGUGCCCUUUAUGUGGAGCUUCAUUUGCAAUCUACCUAGCUUCACUGUUCUUUUUCUUCUCGGUAUUACCAAAGGUGCGAUGUUUAGUCCAUUAACAAGCCUUAUCAUGACAUUGGCAAAUUCUUCUUUAAUAAUGGUUCUUUGGCCAAUCCAAACUUUCUGGACAUAUCACUGCAUUCUAAGAGCUCAACAACUUGGUUGGGGUCUUAAACUCCUUCUAUGCCUUUGUGUACUGCCUGUUUUACUGCUUCUGUGGCCUGAAUUUGGUGCUGUUAUAAGCACUAUAGGUGGAGCAGUUUACGGCUUUCUUUCUCCAUUAAUGGCUACAUUUAAUGCUGCUAAAGAAGACAAGCCUGAUAAAGUAUUCCACUGUCUAUAUGAUGGAACUUGGGAUACCAUAAAAGGGUCCUUCAUGGUUAUCGGUGAUUUUCGGGAUGUUUGUUUACAUUCUUACUUCUCCACUUUGGAGGAACUGCUACAAAAGGGAAACCCGGAGGCUGGAUACUAUGAUAUCAGACUGUUUGAUUUCCUUUGUGCUUCCAUAGUUGGAGUUCUUGGUUCCGUGGUUGAUACACCAGUCAUCUUACUCAUUGCCCUGUAUAAAUGCCCCUUUAUGCUAAUCAAGGGGUGGCGUCGUUUAUUCCAUGAUCUUAUCGGUCGAAAAGGUCCAUUCUCGGAGACAAUCUGUGUUCCAUUUGCAGGGCUUGCUAUCUUACUCUGGCCAUUAGCUGUUGUGGGUGCACUGGUUGGAUCUAUCAUCUCCAGCAUUUUCCUAGGUGCUUAUGCAGGAGUCAUCGUUUAUCAGGAAUCUUCUUUUUGGUUGGGGCUUUGCUAUAUUCUGGCAUCCAUCUCCAUUUACGACGAAUACAGCAAUGACUUCCUAGACAUGGCCAAUGGCUCCUGUUUUCCCAGACCGAUAUAUCGGAAGAAGGACAUGCAGCCACCGGAUAAGUCACAAGAAGCUCAAUCUGUUAGACGUUGUCCCUCUCUUACAGAUUUGGUCAAGAACAUCAUGCUUGAGCUAAAACCUUUGGAGCUUCUCGAUAAUUUUUCUAAGGAGUGUAAGCGGCAAGGGAUACUUAUUGUCUCCAAGGGAUUAAUAACGCUUGAAGAUAUUGAACAUGCCAAAUCCAAUAAUGACACCACAGUUCUUAGCAUUGGCUUACCAGCUUACUGUCUUCUUCAGAUGAUCAUUCGAUCAGCAAAAGCCGAUUCAGCUGGAUUACUUCUGAGUGAUGAAGCUACGGAGAUUACUAGUGAAAACAGACCUCAAGACAUAUUCUAUGAUUGGUUUCUGAACCCUCUUCUAAUCAUCAAAGAACAAAUAAAGGCAAUAAAUAUGUCUGAGCAGGAAGAGGAGUACCUCUCUAGAUUAGUUCUGCUGGGCGAUGAUCCCAUCAGAAUGAAAGAUUCGAACCUCAGCCUGCCACCAGAAUCCAAAUGCAAGUGUGCCGAACUCGAGGCUUUGGCUCGAAGGCUUCGAGGGAUUACCAGAUUGAUAUCGAGGUUUCCGACUUUUAAACGCCGGUUUGCUAGUCUUGUCGAUGCUGUUUAUGAAGAUAUCAUCAAGAAGAAUGAUAGAAGCAGACCAAGUAGUAGAAGGAAAAUUUCAAAAUCACAGAGUGCCAUUGGGAGGUUCCUAAGCCAGAUAUCCUUCAAAAACAAAACAGGAAAUGAUGAGACCGAUCAAGAACCAAAUGUAGUUGAAAAAGAUGUGGAAAGCAAACUAACUUAGCUUUCUUCAACUGUAAUCUUUUCAGUUUCUGCUAUCUAUCUUAGCUUUGUUCUAGAAGAUUGACUAUUAGAAUUGUAUUACAUAAUAAAUAUGAUUAAGCCAUUGUCUUCUGAGGGUAAGUGUUCAUCAGUUCAUAUCCAUCUAUAUACAGCAUUUUCAGUAAAAUUGUUACGAACCCAGAAAGUCUGAAAUUCUCUGAAAGAAGAAGAAGAUGAGGAAGAAG